AUGUACUUUUAUUUUUUGGCUGGUGGCACAGAAGAUACUCUAAUAUUCAUUAUGGCAUAUGACCGAUAUGUUGCUAUAUGUGAUCCUUUGCACUAUCACCAUAUCUUAAAUAGAAAACACUGCAUCUUAUUGGCAUCUGGCACUUGGACAGUAGGAUUCUUAAACGCAUUUUUGAUAACAAUUCAAGCCUCACGUUUGUUCUUCUGCCAGUCCCGUACCAUAAACCAGUUUUUCUGUGAGCCCAAAGCUCUGAUUAACAUCUCCUGUACUGGCAAUGAAGAGUUUUAUAUUGUCAUAUAUCUGGAAUUUUUUAUAUUUGGAUUUUUCCCAGGGAUGUUCUGUUUCACAUCUUAUAUAAAAAUUAUCAGGGUCAUCUUACAGAUAAAAUCUAAAGAAGAAAGAAAGAAAGCCUUCUCCACCUGCUCAUCCCACCUCACCGUUGUAAUUUUGUACUAUAUGGCAGGUUUAUGUGCAUACAUGAUGCCAACAUCAGAAUCUUCUCAUGUCCUAAAACAGGUCCUAACAGCAGUGGUUGCAGUUGUCACACCUAUGAUCAAUCCUCUCAUCUACAGUCUACGGAACAAAGAUUUGAACUGUUCUUUGCUGAAACUACUGGGGAUACAUGUAAAUGUUAAAAAAGUGUAA